AUGGGUCGUCCAAUGGGUUGUGGGACACUAGUGGUGCUGCUGGUUUUAGUUUUUCUCCUGAUAGGUCAUGGAAACAAUAGAAGUACCUCAUCAAGAACAUCACUUCGGAGCACUAGCACUUCUGAACGAUAUUAUGGGGUGAAGAUGGUGAAUACAUCCAACACCAUUGUGUUGGAUAAUGGCCUUGUCCGACUAACUUUCUCCAAUCCCACCGGACACGUUACCGGAAUCAAAUACGGUGGAAUAGAUAACUUGCUUGAGAUCCACAAUAAGCCAACUAAUAGAGGGUACUGGGAUUUGAACUGGAACUACCCAGGGCAGAAGAGCAGAACUAGUAUCUUUGAAGGAAUAUUGGGCACAGAAUUUCGUGUGAUUACAUCUGCAGAAGACCAAGUAGAAAUCUCUUUCACCAGAACAUACAAUGUGUCCCUUCCCCAGGGUGUGACAGUGCCCUUUAAUAUGGACAAAAGGUACAUAUUGCAGCGUGGUCGUUCUGGCUUCUAUGCAUACGCCAUUUUUGAACGCUUAGAAGGGUGGCCGGAAGCCAAGGUUGAUCAAAUAAGAAUGGUUUUCAAGCUUCAACAAGCCAAGUUCAGAUACAUGGCGCUAUCGGAUACUAGGCAAAGGUUCAUGCCAACAGCCUAUGAACGUGGAAUUUAUGGUAUCAAACUCGCAUAUAAAGAAGCGGUUCUCCUAAACAACACAGGAGAGGUAGAUGACAAGUAUCAGUACACGAUUGAGGACAAGGAUAACAAAGUCCAUGGUUGGAUUUGCACUGAUGAGAAGUCACCUGUUGGGUUUUGGAUGAUCACACCAACUGAUGAGUUCAAAAUGGCCGGUCCCUUCAAGCAAGGCCUCACUUCCCACGUUGGUCCAACUACUCUCUCUGUGUUUGUUAGUAGCCAUUACGCUGGGAAUGUUUCGAUGAACUUCCAACAAGGUGAGGCAUGGAAGAAGGUUUUCGGCCCGGUUUUUAUCUAUCUUAACUCUGCUCAUCAAGGCUCAAAGAAUUCCAUCAGUAGUCUUUGGAGCAAUGCUAAACAACAGAUGUUAGAAGAAGUCAAGAGCUGGCCAUACAAUUUUACUGAGUCUCGAGACUUCCUUUCUUCUGAUCAAAGGGGAUCACUGUCUAGCCGAUUACUGAUAUAUGAUCAGUACAUCAGUCAUCAGCCUCUUCAUUCAGCACGUUUCGCUUAUGUAGGACUUGCACCACCUGGAGAAGUUGGAUCAUGGCAAAGGGAAAGCAAGGGAUACCAGUUCUGGACUCAAGCUGACAACAAGGGUCACUUCAUCAUCAAAAAUGUCCUGCCCGGAAAUUACAGUUUGUAUGCAUCCGUUCCAGGCAUCAUUGGAGACUACAAAUAUGAGGCUGACAUAACAAUUGAACAAGGAAGCAAAAUCCAAAUGCCUGAUUUUAUCUAUGAACCUCCAAGAAAUGGUCCUACUUUGUGGGAAAUUGGCAUCCCUGAUCGCACUGCUGCCGAGUUCUACAUACCUGAUCCAUAUCCAACUCUCUCAAAUAAGUUGUACAUUGUUUCAGAAAGGUUUCGGCAAUAUGGAUUGUGGGCACGUUAUGAAGAUCGAUACCCUGACUCUGAUCUGGUCUACAAAGUUGGUGUUCACAAUUACAGUAACGAUUGGUUUUAUGCUCAAGUGACCAGGGAUAUAGGAAAUGGGACCUAUGUAGGAACUACAUGGCAGAUUCAGUUUGAACUUGAAAGUGCGACUCAUCCCGGAAAUUUUACACUCCGAUUGGCAUUGGCCUCAGGCAGUUAUUCAAAACUGCUGGUUCGGAUUAAUAACUUGAACACCAAGCAACCACAUUUUGCAACAGGUAGAAUAGGUGUGGACAAUGCUAUAGCAAGACAUGGAAUUCAUGGCUUGUACUCGUUGUUCAGUGUUAGUGUACCAAGUUCUCUGCUGCACCAAGGAACAAACACAAUCUAUCUUACACAGCCAAAAGGUGAAUCACCCUUCACAGGAAUCAUGUAUGACUACAUAAGACUAGAAGGACCCCCAGUAUAA